AGAGAGAGAGAGAGAGAGAGAGAGAGAGAGAGAGAGAGAGUAGUACUCCAGUCGGGCACCCGUGGGAGCAAGUCCACAUCCAAUCCACAGGCUGCCAUCCGCUUUAAUCUUAUUUAUUUAUCGAUUUAUUCUCCGAUUUGAUCAAUAAGGAUACUUUAUCUCCGAGGAAGUUUCUCUCUGCGGCUCCACCGUCUCGUCUUCUUAUUCGCCGCAUAAGAUGGUAAUAACGCAACCGACACCCCCCUGCGUUCAUUCAUAAGGGGUGACAAGUCGUCUUCUUCUUCUGGCUCGGAUGUGCGGCAGGUCAGGGGAGCAGGACGAGCUGUGGGAGGAAUACAGAUUACACUUGUGUGAGAAAACGUCGGACAAGAACAAUGAGGCGAGCUGCCGAUGUGGAGCGAUAAAAGCGAGAAGUUUGAGUUUGUUUCUGUCCUGCAGGGCUGCCUGUCCACCACCACCACCUAAAGCGAGGAUUCAGUGAAUUAUUACAGAAGUGUUUGUGUGACUUGUUGCUUAAAAAAAGGAGAGAUGACAGUCAAGCUGGACUUUGAGGAGUGUUUGAAAGACUCUCCACGCUUCAGAGCGGACAUCGAAGUCGUCCAAAACGAUGUGAGCGAACUUGAGACACGAUUAGACAAGCUUGUGAAACAAUGCCAGGCCAUGCUGGAGGCGGGCAGAGUCUACUGCCAGACCAGCAAGAGCUUUGUCAACGGCCUCCGGGAGCUGGGACACCAGUGUCCUGGGGACAAGAUGAUGGAGGAAUGUUUGGACAAAUUUUCCAGAAGGCUGUCUGAUAUCUUGGAGGCACAGGGGGAGGUGAUUGAGACCACACAGAAGUCAGUCAAGUUGAAGCUGCAGAACUUUGUGAAAGAAGAUGUUCGUCGGUUCAAAGAUGUGCGCAAGGAGUUUGAGCGCAGCAGCGAAACCCUGGAGGGGGCGCUGGCGAAAAACGCUCAGGCCCCACGGGGGAAGCAACACGAAGUGGAGGAGGCGAGCAAUGCUCUGCUCAACGCACGCAGGACCUUUCGGUCUGAGGCUUUGGACUACGUCCUGGAGAUUAAUGUCAUUGAGGCCAAGAAGAAGACAGACAUUCUGUCAGCAAUGUUGUCAAUGAUGGAGGCCCAGGCCCAGUUCUUCCAACACGGCCACCAGUCUUUGUCAGAACUGGACGAGUAUCGACGAAAACUGAAUGAAGAGCACACUCAGUUUGUCCUAAACUCAGCCAGAGAGAAGAGGGACAUGGAGCAGAGACACGCCGCAAUCAAGAAAAAGGAUGUCUCCUACGACGACUCCAUCAUGGAUUUCAAUGCUGACGCAGCUAAUGGGAUCGCCAUGGAGGGAUACCUCUAUAAGAGAGCCAGCAACGCCUUCAAGACCUGGAGCAGGCGCUGGUUUUCAAUUCAAAAAAAUCAGCUGGUGUAUCAGAAGAAAUUCAAGGACCAGCCCACAGUUGUGGUGGAGGACUUGCGUCUUUGCACAGUCAAGCCCAGCACUGAAAAUGAGAGACGGUUCUGCUUUGAAGUGGUCUCCCCGUCAAAGUGUUGUUUGUUGCAGGCGGACUCAGAAAGGCAGCAGCAAGCAUGGAUAAGUGCCGUCCAAAACAGCAUCGCCUCAGCUUUUCAGGAGCAUAGAGAGGACCCACUCAGCCCGAGACAGCGCUGCAGCUCGGUGUCGGCGGGCACUAUGGGAGGCGGGGGAGGAGGAGGAGGCGGCGAUCAAGAGAACGAGGGCCGCAAGGCGCUGGACGAGGUCCAGGCGAUCCCGGGGAACCGGCAGUGCUGCGACUGCGGAGAACCCGGUCCUGAUUGGGCCUCCAUCAACCUGGGCAUCACGCUUUGUAUCGUCUGCUCGGGAAUCCAUAGGAGCCUGGGAGUCCAUUUCUCCAAAGUACGCUCCCUCACUCUUGACUCCUGGGAGCCAGAGCUCAUUAAGUUGAUGUGUGAAUUAGGAAACACAGUAAUCAACAGGAUCUAUGAGGCCCGGAUUGAUGAGAUCACCAUCAAGAAACCACAUCCCUCCAGUCCCAGAGGAGACAAGGAGUCGUGGAUUAGAUCGAAGUACGUUGAAAAGAAGUUCAUCCAAAAGCUGCCCGAGACCGGCCGGAACCCCCCGCUGAGGAGAUCCAGUGCCAGGAGGAACCGGGCAACCACGCAGGACCGGGGCGUUCAGCGGCCACCGCUCAAACCCAAACCGAACCGAGCCACUCUGCCUCGGGUCACAGGGCUCAGCCCCAGUGACCUUCAAAAGAACAAUACAAGCUUUUACAAAGAUAUGGACGAGGAAGAAGAGGAUCUGAGCGGACUUCACCCCGGAGCGCUGUUGUACCGAUCGGCGGCCCUGCAGAACUUCCCCGUCAUGGCCGACGCUCUGGCUCAUGGAGCCGACGUUAACUGGGUCAAUGUGGCCGAGGACUCCAGCACGCCGCUGAUACAGGCCGUCUCAGCGAACGCCCUGGCAGCCUGCGAGUUCCUGCUGCAGAACGGUGCCAACGUCAACCAGGCCGACAGCAACGGGAGAGGACCACUGCACCACGCCACCAUCUUUGGUCACACUGGGUUGGUUUGUCUCUUCUUGAAGCGAGGUGCAGACUACAACGCCAGAGACAAGAACCAGAAAGACCCCAUCACCAUCGCCGUGGACAACGCCAACGCCGACAUCGUCACUCUGCUGCGGAUUGCCAAAAUGAACAAGGAGAUGCGGGAGAUGGACGGAGCGUUUGGCCAAUCAGGUGAUGAAACCUACCAGGACAUCUUCAGAGACUUUUCACACAUGGCCUCAAACAACCCCGAGAAGCUCAAACGCCGUAGCGCAGACCCCAAAUCCUAACCUGCCCCCUCCUCGACCUGCUGUUUCAACGCCACAUUUCACAGCUCAGCCAGACAUACUUGUAGAACACACUCAGAAAACAUGCUAGGAUUCAUCACACACACACCACACACACACACACACACACACAUACACACACACACUUUCCCUGGCUACCUGCCACAUGUUCAGUCAUAGCUCAGCUGGUGUUGACUUCAGAGGGGGUGAACGCUCCGAACAGUGAAUUCUUUGUGGCGAACACGUCAGAGCAGAACAAUUGUGUCCAAGUGGAAACACUGGAACAGCUUUAUGAGACCAGCAUGAGGUGUCUUUAUGUCUAGCAGAGGGUAACACCAUCACUCUGCCAAGAUUUCCUAAUUAAAUCCAGUAAAUCUAUUGUUUUUUGUUGUUUUUUUUACUAAAAAGAGCUGUGUUUUUAUGUUCCUCUUCCAUUUGUUGACUUGUUACAUGAAAAUAAAGUGAAGAUGUUGUUGGAAAUGGACAUAAUUGUAGCAAAAAGUGAAAUUUUAUGUCUUCCAUCUUUCAUUGAACAGUAAUGUACGCAGAUUUUUACAUUUUUAGAACAUUGUUAGACACAGUUCAUGUCUGUUUUGUUAAACUAUGUCAGGUACUUCAAAUUUGUAUCAUGAUCAAAUAAAACGCAGUACAAAACUUA